AUGACCAUAGAAACUGAUAAUCGCGCUAUCGUUUGGUUCGACAUCGACAAUACGCUCUAUUCUGCCAGUUCGCAGAUUUCCCAUGCUAUGGGAGUCAAGAUUCAUGACUACUUUGUAAAUGAGCUUGGGCUUAGCCAUGAAGAAGCUUCAAAACUCCAUCAUAGCUACUACACCCAGUACGGUCUUGCAUUGGCAGGCCUCGUGCGACACCACCACGUAGAUCCUUUAGAUUUCGAUCGCAAAUGCGAUCAAUCUCUACCUUUAGAAGACAUGAUUCAUCCCAAACCAUCUCUUCGUAAGCUAUUCGAAGACAUUGACCGCUCCAAAGUACGGGUCUGGGCUUUGACAAAUGCCUAUCGUCCACACGCUGAACGCGUACUGCGCAUUCUCAACCUUCAAGACCAGAUAGAUGGGGUAAUCUUCUGUGAUUAUGAGGCGAGGGAGUUGAUCAGUAAGCCGGAAGCUGUGUAUUAUAUCAAAGCAAUGGAGAAAGCAGGUAUCACCGACCCUUCAAAAUGUUAUUUUGUGGACGAUAACAAGCGCAAUGUGGAAGCUGCUCUGAAACUAGGAUGGAAGAAAUCUGUUCACUUUUGUGAGAGAGGAAUGGAGCAUGUUGAAGGAGGUAAGGUGAUCCAGAUCAACUCCAAGGCUCAGGAUGGUGGUCAGAAGAUUGCUGUUAUUAGCGAGUUGGAGGAGUUGAGAGAGAUAUGGCCAGAAGUAUUCAAGCAAACUUGA